UAUACUAUCUUUCAUUGCAAAGAGUGUCUUGAAGAACAAAGUUAUUACUUGAAGCCACAUAAUAAUUAGCACACUUGUUGUUUACUUGUUUAUGUGCUUAUCUUACACUUCCUAUUUUCUUUUCUUUUCUUUUUUUCCUUUCAUAUGCAAGUCUUAGGCGUUGCUUUGAAUCCCAUAUGACUUUGGAUUAAUAGGGAAAUAAAAAAAAUGGUGAGGUCUCAGUGCUAUGACAAAAUUAGUGUCAAAAGGGGUGUUUGGAGUCCAGAAGAAGAUGCAAAGAUAGUUGCAUUUGUGUCAAAGCAUGGACCUAGUAACUGGACUUCUGUCCCAAAAAAAGCGGGGCUCAAGAGGUGUGGAAAGAGUUGCAGGUUCCGGUGGACUAAUUAUCUCAGACCUGAUCUUAAGCAAGACACGUUUACAUCCCAGGAAGAAGAUCUAAUCAUUAAGCUUCACGCAGCCAUAGGAAGCAGGUGGUUCAUAAUAGCCCAGCAACUCCCUGGGAGAACAGACAAUGAUGUGAAGAACUACUGGAACACAAAGUUGAAAAAGAAGCUCUCUCAAAUGGGAAUAGACCCUGUUACUCAUAAGCCCUUCUCAAAGCUAAUUGCUGAUUAUGGAAACAUUGAGGGUUCUCAUAGCCAAAAACCAACUAACCAAACUAGCUUUAUCAACAACAAAGACUUAAAAAGAAGUUCAAUUCUCUUAAAUGCAGAGCCAUACCAAACCCUGAAGCCACAGGGGGUUAUUUCUAGAAUCACCAAUAAUAAUAAUAGCCAACAACAAACCCUGCAAAUGGAACCAAUUACUGAUAAGACUAAUCUUUCAUUUAACUCCUUAACGGAUCUUACAAUGAUGCCAACGGUGAUAGGUUCAACAGAUUGUUGCAUAGAGACUGAGAAUGAGACCAUUACUUGUUCGUCUUCUUCAAGUUGUUCCACUCCAGACCAAGACGCCUCGCCGGUGGCAUCACAUUUCCGUUGGAAUGACUUCCUUCUAGAAGACGCCUUUGUGCCAACUGCCGAUAACAAUGAUCAAGAAAUGGUGAAGGCUGGUUUCUUGUCAAAGGAGUUACUUGUAUGCCGAAUUGAGAAUGUGUCCCGACAAAGUUGGAACAACAAAGAAGCAAUAAGCAAUGACUUUCAGCUCUCGUCAUCAUCGUCGUCAUCAUCUUCCUAUGAAACUUCGUUUGUAGAAGCCAUGCUUGAUCAAGAAAAUGAGAUGUUUCUGAACUUUCCUCACCUAAUGGAGGAACCAUCCCACUACUAAGCUUAUAUUUAAUUUCUUCGUAACAAAAAUUUGCGGAUAACGGUCUUUUAUUUGCCAAAGCAUCAGCUGACCAAUUGCAUAUUAUUAACUUGAUAUGUGUGAAAUUCAGAAUUUUCUUCUCUAACAAUGUUCACCAUACUAGGAAAUAGGAAAUUUAUAAUAAAUAUGGGAAGAUACUUCGAACCCCUCUCCUUCAUGAUAGGGUGACUAAAGGGGAUCUCCAAUUCAUCUUUCAUAUGAUAAGGAACAAGCUGUAAUGGUCCUCUCGCUUGCAAGUAGUAGGAUUGCUCUACCCUAGUCUUCUUUCUCAACCAUUGUUGGUUAAUAACUGAUUCUCAGCUAGUUAAUUGUUAGCUGCUCUUAAGAUAUCUUUUAUGGUGCUUAAAUUUCACGCCUAGAAUUUAGGCAAAUUAGACACAAUUUCUAUAGGUGUCAAAGAGUUCCCCUACUUUCAAUUUGUUAGCUAGAGUAAAUUAAUUACCAUGGUUAGUUGGAGUUUGUAAACUAUACUUAGAUGUAAGAUUAAGAUUUAGCUUGUAUAUAAACAACACUCUACAACAUGUCUGGCCUCAAUCAAAGCUAAUUUCUCAUUCUCUAACUUCACUUGCUGCUUCUUUGCUCGAGCUCCGAAUUCUGUACCAGUUAAGAAGAAUUUGUCAUGGUGCGGUGAGCAUAGAGAAGAGAAAGAGCGAUUAUUAAGACCUUGUGUAGUCAUUCAUCAAUCGCAAGGUUGAGUCGUGAGUUUGACGAGUUUAAAGAAGUAUCCAUUAAUGAAGAUACCUUCAAAUGUAAAUAUGAAAAAUCUAGCUUCUCUAACGAAUUCACAAAA